AUGCUUUCGCCGACGUUCGGGAUGGAGCUGGCGAAGGGACGGUGGGCGCCGCUCGGACAGGCCCGCGACGGACCUCUGCGGGGCUUGUUCGGGGGGGAGUGGGAGCCCCUGGCUGCGAGGAUGGGCGACAUGCUCGCCGAGGCUGAGUCAGCAGGCCUGCUGUCAGGUCUGACGGACUCGGCUCGCGCGUGUCUGGCGCGCCCGCACCAGCGCGAUCACGCACACUCCGGCCACAGCCACCACGGGGCCAGCUGCACCGGCGCUGCGUGCACAGGCUGCACCGACAACAAAGAAGCCUCCGCGGCGACCACGGCGCCGGCUUGGGCGUCCCGGCGUCAAGAUUCCGCGCCAGGACCAGACAAGGCAACCACCACCGAGCAGGAUGCUUGGAUUGCGCAGUUCAAGCCGCAGGGGCGCGCCUCGGGCUCUCUUCUGCCAGUAACCCUCCUGAGCGGUUUCCUCGGGGCGGGGAAGACGACGCUGCUCCGGCACGUCCUGCAGAACAUGCCACAGGGGCUGAAGUGCGCGGUGCUCGUCAACGACGUCGGCGCCCUCAACAUCGACGCAGCACUGGUCCGGACCACCACCUCGUCGGGUGCGGUCAGCAGCGGCAGCGCCGGCGGCGGCUCCCGGGACGUGGUCGAGCUCACGUCCGGCUGCCUGUGCUGCUCGCUGCGCAGCGGUAUGGCGCGCGAGGUGACGCGGCUCGCCCGCGAGGGGAGGUUCGAUUACCUCAUCAUUGAAUCAACUGGUGUUGCUGAGCCCGCGGGGGCGGCGGAGGUGUUCGCCGGUGCGCCUGACGCGGACGACGAGGGCGACGGAGGCGAGAGCGACGCGUUCGCGGCGGCCGUGCGCGAGCUGCAGGGCGUGGCGCGAUUGGAUACCUGCGUGACUGUUGUCGACGCAUCAAUGGCUGAGCAGCGCGCGAGGUCGCGGGCGGCGGGCGGCGAUGCCGCGGUGGACGCUGCGGGCGGCGCGGAGUCGUCCGAGGCGGCGGCUGGGGACGGCGAGCGUGGCGUUGCCGAGCUGUUGUUCGCCCAGAUUGAGUUUGCGGACGUGAUUGUUCUGAACAAGGUGGACCUGGUCAGCAAGGACGAGCUGGACCGCGUGGUGGCCAUGGUGCGGUCGGUGAACCCGGACGCGGUGCUUCACCUCACGACGCGGUCCGUCGUCGACCCGAGAGACGUGAUGGGAACCAAGAAAUUCCAACUCGAAAAGGCCAAAGAGCGCCUCGACUGGCUCCGCAGCCGCGACGCAGGCAGGGCCGGGACCGAUGCGAGGGACGACGCGGCGCGCCAUGGCAUCUCCAGCUUCGUGUACCGCGCCCGCCGCCCGUUCCAUCCCCAGCGCUUGCAUGCGCUGCUCUCGCGCGCAUUCGUGCUGCAACAGCAGGACUGGACCGAAGCCAUGGCCGCCGAGGGCAUCGCAGCGACGCAGCCUGCUCCCAGCGGCCCGAGCGAGCGGCGGCAGGCCGCGCUGGACGCGUCGGCACGCGAUGCCGCGCACAGCUUGGUCAAGGCCGGGACGCAUGCCGCGAACGUGCUGGGGCCGGUCGUUGCCGGAGCGGGCGGGCAGACUGCAGCUGCCGCCAAGGCCUGCGCUGCUGCCGGGGCCGCGGCUGCGGCGGCGGCGGAGGCGCUUUUGGCUGCAGCAGGGGGCAGCGAACCACGCGCAGCCGUCGCAGCGGGCGGUCGUGACCGCAAACGCAGGACGCAGGGGUUCAAAGGGCUGCUGCGCUCGAAAGGCGUGUACUGGCUAGCGACGCGGGACGACCUCGCGGGGGAGUGGAGUCAGGCGGGGGGGGUGUUGACCAUGUCCCUGGGGGGACCGUGGUUCGCUGCGCUGCCCGACUCCGAGCUCCCGGACCUCGCCAACGACGCCGCCGCGGCCAAGGCGAUGCAGGACGUGCGGUCACGGCCCGGGGGGGACCGCAGGCAGGAGCUCGUGCUGCUAGGGAUCGACGUCAACGAGUCUGCGCUGCGUCAGGCGUUCGACGCGUGUCUGGCGACGGACGACGAGAUUCGCGGGCACAAGGACGGGACCGCUGCGCUCGCGGACCCGUUCUACCCGUGGCCGCCGCUCAGGGCCGUUCUGGGCAUCGAGGACGCACCGGUCGAGUUGGGACAGAAGGAGGACAGUCGUGGAAACACGAGUGGCGUUGACAGCUCAGUUGCCGCGGCGCCCGCGGCCGUCGCAGCGGCCUGUCCCGGCGGUGUGGCGCCGGGCACGGUGCUCGAGGUCGAGGAGGGGGCGUCGGAGGCCCAGGAAGUACUCGACGAAGCCCUGGGGAAGUCUGAGUUGGUAGUUCUCGAGUGGUUUGCUCCCUGGGCCUCCCAGUGCCAGGAGGCCGCGCGAACGGUCGCCGCGCUGGCCGCAGAGGCCCCGCACGUCGCGUUCCUCCGCAUCGACGUCGAGCGCUCCGAAGCCAACCGCGCGUACGCCAUGCAGUCGAUGAUGAAGCGAUCUGAUUCGCGGCGGCCGGGCGCGAAACCGGUGCUGCGCAGCGGACACAAGUUCCCGUCGUUCACCCUGCACGAGCCGCCGUCGCUGGUGCCAACAGCGACGUUCCAGGGGGGCGACGCGGUCUCCGAGCUUGAGCGCCACGUCCGGAGCGUGGCGCGAGCAACGCCGCCAGCGCAGGGACACUGCGGGGUCGUGGGGUCGUUCGCGGUUCAGGCGGGCGCGGCUGACGUGCAGCGGCUGCUCGAUGCGGGCGAGAAGCUUGGAGUGGGGCGGGCUGCGGUGUUGUGGAUCGACGCGGCAGCGGCGAACAGCGCGGAGCACAGGCGCACGCUGGCUGCCGCGGCGCGUGCGGCGGCGUUCGUGCCCGUCGGCGUCGUGGACGCGACGGACGGGGUGGAGACGUCCGAGAAUGCGCGGCUGCGGAAGGCGUUCGGCGUGAAGGAGCUCCCCACUGCGAUCGUGUUUGAACGAAGACAAAUGAAGAAGCUGUUGAAAGGGUGGCGAGCGCUGGGCCGCCUGCCCGAGGCCGUCGGCCUGCCUGCGGACGAUCCGGAGGACUCCGGCGCACCGGCGGGCGUGGGACACGGGACCCCCAGCGCGGCCGAGCGAGCUGGGCUGUGCAGCGGCGCCCCAGGCGCGCCGCAGCAAGGACGGGGCGCGAACGGCGGCGAGGGCGGCGAUCCGUCCGCAGCUCGCGACGUUUUCGCUCCGCCGGCGCGCAAGUUCGCCAAGUCGGGGUUCACGCGCGAGUUCCCAAAUGGAAAAACAGGUUCGUUCUGGCCUCGCAUGCCCUGUCUGCGGUGCGGGUGCCCCUGGUGGUCCGGGGAGGACUGGAGCGACCGGUGUCUGCGGUGUGGGUGGAGCUGCGAGCGGCAGGGGUACGACGACGACUCGAAGCCUGAGCCGGAGUGGCGGGACACCUGGCAGCGUUUUGCGGACGAAAUCCAGCAGGGACGCACGCCGCAGUGGCCCGCGAAAGAGGGGGCGUGA